GUGGGAUAUAUAUAGCAAUUCCAUUGUCCUUGCUUAAGUUAAUCAUUUCUCAUUAUUGACUUUAGAUCAACUGUCGUUGAAUUCGAUACCCUUUACGCCAUGAUAGAUCCCAACACCCCUAUACGUAACGUGGUUGUCUAUGCCAUCACCGUCUUGAUACUUACAUUCGCCAUAAACGUGCUCUGGCAAUUACUGCCUCGCAAAAAAUCUGAGCCGCCGUUGGUAUUCCACUGGAUCCCAUUCAUCGGCAGUGCUAUCUCAUACGGGCUGAAUCCUUUCGAAUUCUUCACGAAUUGUCGGAAACAACAUGGCGACAUCUUUACCUUCGUACUCCUUGGGAAGAAAGUCACAGUCUACCUUGGUAUCGACGGCAACGAAUUUAUCCUCAAUGGAAAGCUACGAGAUGUUAACGCCGAAGAUGUCUACGGCGCGCUCACCACGCCUGUGUUCGGAAAAGACAUCAUCUACGACUGCCCUAACGAAAAGCUGAUGGAACAAAAGAAGUUUAUCAAGUUCGGUCUUACUCAGAAAGCCCUCGAGUCAUACGUACCGUUGAUCGAACAGGAGGUUCUCGAAUACAUCAAAACCUCCCCGAAGUUCAAAGGAUCUUCCGGCACAGUCGAUAUACCAGCCGCCAUGGCAGAGAUCACCCUUUUUACAGCUAGCCGCGCCCUUCAGGGAGCCGAAGUACGAAAGAAGUUGACGGCUGAAUUCGCCGAACUAUAUCACGACCUUGACCUAGGUUUUCAGCCGAUUAAUUUCAUCAUGCCGUGGGCGCCUCUUCCGCAGAAUCGACGCAGAGAUGCGGCACAUGCCAAGAUGACGGAAACCUAUUUGGAACUUAUAAACAAGCGUCGUGCCACUAAGGACAGUAAAGAGACCGGCACCCAGAACGAUGGUACAGACAUGAUCCUCAACCUCAUGGGUUCCGUCUACAAAGAUGGCCAGGUUCUUUCCGACACGAAUAUCGCCCAUCUGAUGAUCACCCUUCUGAUGGCUGGACAACACUCAUCUUCAUCCUCGAGCGCAUGGAUCAUGCUUCGGCUAGCAUCACGACCGGACAUCGUCGAGGAGCUAUAUCAGGAGCAAAUCAACAAUAUCGGCUCUCCUAGCCAGCCGCUCCAAUACUCCGACCUAAACAAGCUCCCCUUACUACAGAACGUCGUCAAGGAAACACUUCGCGUCCACUCCUCCAUCCACUCGCUCAUGCGGAAAGUCAAGAACCCGAUGCCGGUCCCCAACACCGAAUUCGUGAUAACUCCCGACAAGGUGCUUCUCGCCUCGCCCAUCAUGACGCACCUGAACGAAGAGCACUUCGCCAACCCGCUGGUCUGGGACCCGCACCGCUGGGACGACGUGGUCGAGGUGGAAAACAAAGAAGACAUGGUCGACUACGGAUACGGCGCGAUAUCGAAGGGGACAAGGAGCCCGUAUUUGCCCUUUGGCGCGGGAAGACAUCGGUGCAUUGGGGAGAAGUUCGCGUUUCUGAACCUAGUGACGAUAGUCUCUACGCUUGUUCGGAACUUCAAGUUCACGACUGUCGACGGCAAGUCCUGGGUGCCCCCGACGGAUUACACGUCUAUGUUCUCGCGCCCCGUUCAACCGGCGAAUAUUCGCUGGGAACGUCGUUUCCCCGAAUCUGCCUAGGAGGUAUACAUUUCACAUUGUUUUUGCGUCUGUAUAUACCUAGGUACCGGACAUAUUUAUGAUAAUGUUAGCUUUAAAAUUAUUAAUCUUGAGUAUUGCGACUACGGAAAAGAUAGAACAACUAAUUUCUCUCUUAAAUGUCAAUUCAUUUUUUAUACCAUCGGAUCGGACGUGAUGUGGUAACGU